CCCCUGGGAUACGGUGAUCAAAGCUGCUAUGAGAAAGUACCCCAACCCAAUGAAUCCGUGUGUGGUAGGAGUAGAUGUCCUUGACAGAAGCCUUGAUAACCAGGGGAGGUUGCAUAGUCACCGACUUCUCAGCACGGAGUGGGGAUUGCCAAGCAUCGUAAAAGCGAUUUUAGGAACAAGUAGAACUCUGACUUACAUUGAGGAACAUUCUGUGGUAGAUCCAGUGGAAAAAAAGAUGGAGCUUUGCUCAACUAAUAUUACUCUCACAAACUUGGUGUCUGUUGAUGAGAGACUGGUUUACACACCUCAUCCUGAAAACCCUGAAAAAACUGUGCUAACUCAAGAAGCAAUUAUUACUGUUAAAGGCAUUAGUUUGAGCAGUUAUCUGGAAAGCUUAAUGGCAAGCACAAUAUCUUCUAAUGCCAGAAAGGGUCGAGAUGCCCUGGAGUGGGUGAUCAGCAAACUAAACACAGAAUUGGAGGAGCUGAAGUCAACACGCGAGGGCAUGAAACCAGCCAUGGCAGCAGCGUCAACAGAAAAAUAAAACCAAAAAACCCAAGUAACUGACAGAAAAGUUUUAUCCUGCAGAUGGCUUUGUAGAUCUUCCUUGCAAGGCUGAUCUGCAGAAGUUUUAUAUAUUUAUAAGAAUAUUGGAUCAGCGGAAAAGUAACCUCAUCCAUCAUCUCCACAGCAGUUCCUGUUGCCUACUGAAGAUUAAUUGACCUCCUGCAGAUGCUCUUUUCAUUUAAACCAUUUGUUUUUAAGACUGGAAACAAAACAUUUAGCACAUUUAAAAAUGCCUAAAUGUGCCUUUUUAAACAAAGAUAGAGAGUUUGUUUUAUUUACAGCAUCUUGGGUUUUUGAACUCAAACUUGAAAAGAAUGCAUGUGUGAUAUUAGGGUUUUCCAUGUGAACGUUUGUUCUGUGAAAGGCCAAUAGGUACUAGAGCACUGGAUUUUGUCUGUUUUGUAAUCUGAGAGUGUUUUAUGACCAUUUAAAGGGAACUACGGGAGUCAGAACAUGAUACUGUAGCAUUAGAUAUCUAUCUAGAGGAUCAUCCCAAAAAGCUAAAACUUGUGUGGUACUGACUUUCCGUAUGUUGUUUAAAUGUGCUGCCUGACCAUGACACACUGAUCCUUUACCUCUUAGAUGUUUGUAUCCAAACAAAGAUAAAGUUUCUACUGAUGUUAAUAGCCUAAUACAGUUUUUUGGUGGGGAGAAAGGUAUAAUUUAUUUUCAUAUUUAUUAACUUGCCCUAGUUUCUCCCCUUCCAGUGGGGAGAGGAGUAGUAAUUCCUGGAAGGUGCUGGAAAAUACUUACCUUAUUUAUCUCCAAAGAAGGAUACUUGUAGGCUACUCUAAUGAAGAGACUGUGCUGUUCCACUGGUCCUUGCUCUUCACAUCGUGUCUUAACUGAGGGAGAGAGUGAUGCAACAACCAGAAGAGUUGAAACGUGAAAUAAGCAGGAAAUUUGAAAUCCAAAUGGUGAGGUUUCAUGAACAUGUGCUUUUGAUGCCCUGAAUGGAGAAAACAAGAUUACAAGAGGAACAAAUGGACUAUCCUUCUUGAAUGCUUUCUACUGACUACCAGUGUAACUGAAUUUUUUCAGCACUUUUCCACGUUGGUACAAAAUGGUUUUAGGAUAAUUUUAAAUGUUUCUCAUUAGCUGGAAGAAUACUCCAGUAACUGCAGAAAUUGCUUUCUAUAAAAUGUGCAUAAAUAUAUACUGGUAACAGUCCUAGCCUUGUCUGAUGUUCACAAAAUUUUCAUAUUUGGUCCAGGUGUAGUAUACAUUUCUUAGUCCCAUUAGGACAUUUAAACUUAUUUUUGGGUGUGCACACAAAGCGAAAUAAAUGUUCCAAGGAUGUUUACUCGUUCAAGUGGCAAGCAUGUGUCUAGGAAGCUGUUAAGAGCAUGAGUAACUUCUGAAAAACUAUAAAAGUGUUGGUCACUGUUUUGAUCUGGUAAUUUUAAAGUGUCUGUAGCUUAAGGGAAAUUUCAGCAUUUGUAUUCUGGUUAGUUUGAAAGUGAACAUUAAUUUGGGUGUAACUAUAGACUCACUAAAUUAUAUGAUCCUAAUGAAUAAACUUAAUUUUUAUAUAUAUAUAUAUAUAUAUAUAUAUAUUUGUCAAAAGCAAUUACAUGAGUAGCUAAUAUUUACAUUACUCUUUUUAUAUGGACCUAAAGCCUUUCUUAAUUUGGAACAGAAACUUUGAGCUUAAAGUCUGAUAGCAGCUCCCUUCAGGAAGAUUCACUGGAGAACUUUGGUGCAGGUCAUUUGUGCUUCUCAGAGGAGUGAUGCCAAUUCCUGGAUAAAGAAUGCAGGAGAUGUUCUGGCUCCUGGUGGCGUCCUGCUAGGAAGGGGAGCACAGCUCUGGCAGAGCUCUGCUAAUGAAAGGGAAAGAUGAGCUAAAUGGGAGUGGGGAAGCUUUGGGUAAGAAAAAAAGUCUAAUCUCUUCAGAGGCCAUUUCCAUCACCCAGCUGCGCCUCUACUGCUGGACACUCCUGCCACUUCUCACCUUGUCUUUGGGGUAGGUGACACUCCUGCAUCCCUGGGCUUAGUGAUCUUCCUGUGGUUGGUCGUUUUGCCAGUGUGUAUGAAGGAUCUUGCAGGCAGCGGUCACAGUGGGGCCACUGUUUAGCAGAUGAAGUGAUUCGUAAUUUCUCAAAACUUUCCUGGACACUUUCCCUCUUUUCCUUUCUGCCCAUCUCAUUUGCAUACAGGGGCUCCCACCAUUCUCCUCUCUUGACCAUGUGACUCUUCUUCCUGGGAUCUGUAGCUCUAUGUUCUGCCCUGCUGUGUGUAACCCUGCUUUCGAAGCACCCCAUUUCCCACUCCAGGUCUGUCACUGUUAGAGUCUGAGCUGACCCUUGGAGCAAAACAACCCUACCUUUAGAAUUGCUUAUCUUGUUCCUUCCCUAUGGAAACUCCCCAUCUUUUCUUUCAUUAAUGGAAAUUAUUAAAUAUUAUUUCUAAAGUCAGUUUUAUGUCACAGGCAUUGACUGAGGUGACUGUUAAAGACAAAAAGCCACAUGUGAGGGCAAGCAUUAGGCUGCUUGCAGGAGCAGCGGGGGUGUAGCUUUUUUGAUUGGUGUAGAAACAGCCACAUAUGUAGGAGGAAAAUAAAUUCUAAAGAAGAAAUAGCAUUAAGUCAACACUCAUUAACUUGGAAGGCUCUUGAAGUGCUGGGGACCAAGCAGAAGCAAGCUCAGCAUUUGUAACCGUGAUGAUUAACGGGUAGUGAGUGCCAUUUUGAAUAAGGAUUCUGUGCUUUGAGGGUUGGAAAUAGCAUAAAAGUAACAUUUUGUGUUGGGGAGGAAGAUUGUUUGCUGCUGCUGCUGUUCAAGCCACCGAGGCUUGCAGCUGGGUGUUUCUGAGCCAUUAUGUUGGAGUUCAUGGAAAAGUGGGGGAUGAGUGUGUAGGGAGGUGGUUUGGUUUUAAGGAUUUAGUGCCAGUGUAUCAGGUCUCCAGACUGGUUAGGAGCAUGGCUGCUCAGCCUGCCCAGUAACUCCAGCUGCACGGCACCUGCCUGCUGCGGAAGGCUGAAGCUGGGGAGAGCUGGUUCCCAGCUGCGGGGGAAGCAGAGAGGGAAGAUGGCAGCAGUGGUUCCCAGAGCGUGGCCAAGUGGGCAGGUAACCCUGGAGGGUCUCAAGAUGUUGAAGAUACCGAACUAGAGAUAAACUGGUUUCUGGUUGAUGUCUAUUUUUUGUGCUAGUGCAGACAGGCUCAUCAAAUGGUCUUGUGUGUAAUGGGUUUUGUGUAGACUAUCCCUCUUUUUAAAAUUAGGGUUUUUUUACUGACUUGCCCUUGUGCCAGUGUGAGUCCUCCAUACUACUUUUCCCCUGUCAGGUCAGCAGGCACAAGGGGGGAAGGGUCAUACCUGUUGGGAAAACGGGCAAUCCUAGUGCCAGUUGCAGUAUUCUUGACAGACUUGCCUAAUGCAAGUAAAGGCACUGAACUGCAGCACUAAGCAUGUAUUGAUGGAUAGCACAUAUCAGGCAUCGAUGUAUCUGAUGAUGUAAUAAAAUAGCACAGAGUAGGAUCACCAGUGACAUUCCUUGAUGUGACAUGUCUCAUUUAACUCCUCAGGUGGAGCAGUGGGUAACACCGUUCCUAUUCUUGCAUCUUCCUAGAUUGUAAGCUGUGAAGGGCAGGACUCUGUAAAGUGUCUGUGUACACUGUGGUGCUAUCUUAAAUAAAUUACAUCCUCAGUUUAAAAAAAAAUUCUGGGUGUAACUGCUGUCAUAUAAAAUGGCCUGCUGGUUUUCAGAGAAGGCUGCAGAAAAAUUAUUUGUGUUAGUCUGUGCUGGGUAAUCAGCAGGACCUGGGUACCAGGCUCCCUGGAACUUGCCGUGAGCCACAUGCAUUACUGGUAGAAAGCUCUGCAGGGCUCCUCUGUCCCUCAGCUGGUAACUCCAGCAGGUGCUGGCAGCUGCUUCAUUCUGCAGUAAAACAGGAGUCAUCUACAGCUAUUAACUGUGACUUAUAAACAAGACCUUAUUUAUCUAAUAAAUUAUGUUCUUACCCCACCAACACUACUUGACACCAGUCAGAAUCAUGCAGGUUAUGGUCUGGCCUUUUAAUUGCCGCUCCAGGAAGUGGGUCAUGAUUUUGCUAUGAAUUUGUUUGAUGAAAAGGCAUUUUUGUGAAGCACAAGUCCUGUCCUCUUAAUUUUUCCACAGCUGAGGUGACUGAGGUAUGAUUCUCAUUUGAUUGGAAGGCAAGUAAAAUCAUCAGUAAGCACUCUGCCUGACCAAGCAAAGGUGGAACCAGCUAUGCUGUGUAAGAAAUGACGCUCGCCAUCCUUACCGUUAGCUCAAGAAAGCAAGAGCAACGCAAUGUCAUUUUAAAGAACUUUUUAUUAGUAACCAUAAACAAGGAAUUGCAUUGCAGUACCACAUAACAUGAAAACAAGCAGAAGACAAUUCUAUUGUCUUUCUCUGUUAGAGCUGAUGCCCCGGGUGUACCUGAAGGCGCACAGAUGGUACAUGCGCAGUGACAGCACAGAAGCAGAAGUUUAAAGGGGAAGGGUUUGUGCUUUGGGCCUGUUAAUGUCCCAAAAGUGCAUCUCCUGUUUGGGAUUUUUUUUUUUCCCCCCUUUAUUAAAAGAGGGGAUUGGGAAAGGGGAACCAGCUUUAACAGAAAUACAGCUCAAAUACACUCCUCAUUGUAUCUUCAUUUCACUUUCUAAUUCACAGGUACUGUAACCACCAGCCCCUUCAAUAGAAAUGGGCCCAUCUUAAAUGUCUCAGCCAAAGCUGGGCCUUGGCCGCUACCUGCCCUGUAAGAUGGGCCCUGAGAAUGUAGCCUCUCUAUAUAUGUGUCAACUUAACUGGUGCUUAUUUCCACCAGCCUUUGGAAGCCAACCUCCUGCAGAAGUUGCACCAACUCAGGCCCACAUCCUUUAUUUCUAGAUUUAGCAGAUCCUGAAAUCCAGUUUAACCAUCCUACACUGCAAUGUUUGGCCUACAGCCUGUCCUAGAAAAGCUGAAGCACUGCUGGCUCCCAUGGCUGAGCACUGGCCUCACUGGUUAGAGAAACACUGGGAGAACCCGUAGCUUAACGUAUGUGCUACAACUGUAUAGGAAGCACCAAGAAUGUAUUUUUUCAUACUGGAUUCUCCCCUUCUCACUCUUGCCAGGUUUUUUUAAAUAAAUUGGUUAAUGAAACAGGUCUUUUCCAGUUGUGACUAUACAUUAGAUAGCAUGGCACCUUGAAAGACUUAUCUACUUAAAAAUGUUUAUUUUUAUUAGCUAUAAAAAGGCCUGUUCCACAUGGCUUCCUCUAGAACUGUUCUACAAAAACCAUUAUGAUGACCUUUGCAGACAGCAGCAGCUUCUGUCUUAUUUCAGAGAGAGGGCCCAGGCUCCCUGCGUACCUGACACGGUGCGGCCAGGCACUGCCACUGCAGAACAGCCUGGCCCCAGGAGAAACAGGAAAGUUACUGAAUUGCAGCUCAGUGCAAAUAAACAGGUGAAGCUACCAUCACGUAAAAUUUGCUGUGUCUAUUUGCUAUGUGGCUCCAGCUCCUGAGUAUGCCUUAUGACACUUGUUGAGUGUGGACUACCAUGGUAGAAUUCAUUCACAAAGUUCUGCUUGUUAGUGUUGUAAUGUUUCAACUCUCUGGAAUUCAGUGCUGCUGGAAGUGGUGCUAACUGCUUUUGAAGUACAGAAAGCUGAUGGAAACUUGCAGUGCAGGAUCCUAUCAGCUCAGACACUGAGCACUCACCUCUGGCAGCAAUUCACAAAAUUCUUUAAGGUGGUAUAACUACAUUUUAGUUACUGUUUUUGCAGAAGGGGACCCUGGGGCAGGGGAAGGCUCACAGCUUGUGCCAGGUCAACUAAGCAGCAAGAGCAGCUCCAGAAUACGUCGAGCCUAGGGUGCAGGGAGGGCAGUGG